AACGACAGCUGGCUGAUCGACGACAGGUGACAGACAGACGAAAGGUCACAGAAAUCGGGAAUGGAAUUCACGCAUUCGGUCGAAUUCUCGUGAUUAAUUUGUGAAGCAAAUAUUAAUUGAAAUUUCAAAUACUACGAAUAUGGAUGUGGAGGAGUGUCUCAAAGAAUGGGAGGAUUUAGUGGCGGAUUACAAACGCUUAGAGGUUGUAAACAAAGACUAUGUAACGAAAUUGGAAGAAGUUGGUGAGUUGCAGGCUGCAUGCAUGAAGGAGAUUAACCACCAGAAGUAUCGCAUGUCCAUUAUAGCCGCCGCAUUGAAAAGGUUAGAAAAAAAAGGAGUAACGAAAGAUGACCGCGUCGCGAAUUUGGAGAAAGAAAUAAUGAAAAGGAAAGCUAUGCUGCGUGAGAUCAACGCGACGCUGCCCAAACAGAACAGCCUGUACUUGCGCAUCAUACUCGGGAACGUUAACGUUUCUAUACUCAACAAAAAUGACAAAUUCAAAUACAAGGAUGAAUAUGAAAAGUUCAAGCUGAUUCUUAGUGCCAUCGCCUUCGUCUUAGCCGUUGCGAAUCUUUACAUUGAUUUCAGGCCAUUACAAUUAAUACUGUUGUUCCUGCUGGUAUGGUACUAUUGUACGCUGACGAUCCGCGAGAGUAUCCUCAAAGUGAACGGUUCUCGUAUCAAGGGCUGGUGGCGGCUGCACCACUUCAUAUCCACUGUUGUCGCUGGCAUACUUCUCAUCUGGCCACAGAACGAACCUUGGAACCUCUUCAGACAUACUUUCAUGUGGUUCAUUGCUUAUAUCAGUGUAGUACAAUACAUGCAGUUCAGAUACCAAAGCGGGGUCCUAUACAGGCUAAAGGCCCUGGGAGCUAGGCAUAAUAUGGACAUAACAAUAGAAGGAUUUCACUCAUGGAUGUGGCGGGGACUGUCCUAUCUAUUGCCAUUCUUAUUCGGAGGUUAUGUGUUCCAACUGUACAUUGCAUACACGCUGUAUAGCCUCAGUUACCACCCAGAAGCCACAUGGCAGAUACCAGCAUUAAGUUUAUCAUUCCUGACGAUUGGCAUCGGGAACUGCGCGACGACGCUGAUCGUGAUCCCUCAGAAAUUGAACGAGCAGUAAUUAAAAGGACUUCAUUUUAUACCUACCUACUUUAAACCGAGUCUGUGUUGAAUGGAUUUAGUAUAUUUUACUAUUUUCUUAAUAUACCUACAUAUUAUGUAAUAAAUUAAUGUGCAUAAAAGCAUUUUAUCUGUACAUAUUUAUGUAUAUAAAUAAUAUUAAAUAGUUUAGUUUGCGUUUAUAAUUCAUUUAAGUAUGUAUAUUUUAUAUUUAUGAACAAAUUUUGUGCCAAAAAUGUAUUUCAGUUGUGCUUUUAAGUCCGUAUUUUGUUUAUAAACAUUAAAGUUCUGCAUUUUAUUGUCGGUAGUUAGUUUUGUCAUCAGCUUCGCAGGUUUUUGAGCACACAAGCUAUUUUGCUUUUUUAAAUCUUGUGUUAUUGCUUUGGUGACUUUAUAAUUUGCCAAAAUAUUACAACAUGUAAAGAAAAAGUUAAAAUGAAAUCGAAUUGAUAAUAAUUUAUAUCAAUAGGUAUACACUGGUACGAUUUUAUUGCUUUUUGUAAGUAUAUAUACUUGUUCAAUUCUAUGAAACGGAUUUUUUUUAGUUUGUUAACAUAUUAUCAAACUGAACAACGAUUUAAAAGCAAUGAUGAUAGUGUUUGCAUGACUUAUUUAUAUACUAUUUAUUGCAUGUUCGAUUAUUCCAGUCUGCGUCACGUAGUGUGGAAAAAAUCAAUAGCUUUAUUAUAGUUUUAUAUUGUGAUUGCAUUUUUGGACAUCCAAGUGAUAAUUGAAACCGCAUUUUAUAUAAAAAUACUUUGAAAAUAUUGAAAACAGGCAAUAAGUAGUAAAAUGUCUAAUUAUAUUCACUUGUAACGGCUUUUUAUGUAUUUUUAUGGAUCUGAGCUUAAAUAAAUUAUGUGAUUUUAAUUAUUGUAUCUUGUAAAAGGCACAAAUAGUUCAUUUUAGAUAAACUUAUUGCGAUGUAUGGGUACAUUUUAUAGUUUCCAUACAUACAUAUUCCCAACAAAAUCACACUUUUUAUCCAAAUGAUUUUUACAAAUGUUUAGACAAAUAAGAAUUUGAAACAUAAAUUAUGGACGUAAUUAUAAGCUGGAAAAGUAAAUCUAGAUAUAGAUAAUUUAUUAGACGAGCCGUCCUGCAAUAAUAAAGUAAUAAAUAAUGGUUAUUAUAAUAUUAGUGUGUUAUCGAAGUGUUGAUUGGUCUAGUCACAUUCUCACAUGGCUAAUUAACUGUUACUGUAAUGUUGGAAUUACAGCUGGCACGGUGGCACCCACUCGAACACCUAGCGUGUUAUCAGUGUUGUGAAACACCUAUAUCACAGCAAUAAUAAAUAGUAUGUAAUGGGUGACUGUUAUAUGCAGGGACCGUAGGUAGAUAACGUGUUUUAUGAAGCCAGAUUAUAAGUGGCAUACCUCUACAGGCUUUAUGUACACAACGGAGUGAAUAUUUCGUGCCUUGAUCAAACAAUAAACUAUUCGUAAUUUAGUGAUAAUGUUGUACUUAUGCUUUGUAUAUUCGAUUAAUUUAUAAUGGUUGUUUUUAGCUCUUAUUUGUAAUGAAUGUUAUUUAUUUGAAUGCAUUGAUGAAUAAAUUUGUUUUUCAGCUA